UAAAAAAAAUUUGACAUAUUUUUGGUUAUUUUUCUGUGUGGGCCAUAUUGGCCGUGCAGUAGAAACUUCGAAUACUCGGCUUUUACCAGCUACCGACUAAAGUCUUCUCUUUCUCCUAAUUAGACCAAAAAUUAUCCGACCAUUAGAGGCCACCGCCACUGCCCGCCGCGACUUCGAAUCCAAAUGGGCAUUUCGUGGAGUAAAAGGCACCGUUACGACCAGCCUUACCAGAAUCAAGUUAAUGACCACCACCAACAACCUGUCACUCCAUCCUCCUCUUCUAGCCCUCCUCCUCCUCCGGUCAACCCUCUUGAACCACCGCCACAGUCUACAUCAGCAUCCAAUACUUCCCGACCACAAUCACCACCCCAACCCACUGAACCACCAAGCUAUUCCUUCGCAGCCAAUGCACCUUAUCAUGCACCCUCUUCAACACCACAGCACCUCCCCCCUGCGCUGCUCCCUCCGCCACUGCCUCCUCCUCCAUAUCUUCCUAAUUACAAUUAUAAUCAGAACUACUCUAAUUUCUAUUCUAGGCCGAUGCAUAUCACGGGUCAAUACUCCAACUACCGUCCGUAUUUCAUCCCCCCUACGAGGUGGGGUCCAAUCCCUCCGCCGCCGCCUCCAGUGCCUUAUGUUGAUCACCAGAAUGCCAAGAAGAUCAAGAAUGAUGUGAAUAUUCACAAGGACACCAUCAGGCUUCAAGUGGAUGAGCUGAACCAAGAUUACCAAUUGGUAACCUUCACUUUUGAUGCCUUGGUUGAUGGAAGGUAUUUAAGUCUUGCUCACAUAUGCUUAUACUUGAUUUUAUUCUUUUUCUUUCGGUUUUCUGUUAAUAUAUGUGAUAUUGUAUGCUUGUGUUUGAUGUGGAUGGUGAUUUUUUUGGCUUGAUGAUGAUGUGGUUUUGUCGUUUGCCUUUGACUUUGAUGGUUAAGGAUCUGAAAUGUGUUACCGGCCUCUAAAGGGAAUAUUUUAAAGGUUUAAGGAUGUGAUUGAUGUUAAAAACUAUAAGAAUCGAUUGAUUGCUUGUUUAGAAUUGAUUUGAGAUGGGAGAAAACUGAUUACUGAUUACUGAAGUAGUCUAUCCAUUUCAAAUUAGAACUUGAAUCAAUUACAGUUCUAGGCAAUCUGAGCAUCAAAGUGCUAAGAGAUAAAGCUAGUAAGAGAAACAUUAGGAUAAAUAAUUGGUUUUCUAUCCCUAGCACCCAGCCGAUAGAAGACAUAAACUCACUGGUGCUGAGGCGAGGAAAAAUGAUUUCCCUAAGUUAAUAUCGUGUAC